AUGUCGGAGCCUAUCAAGAGCCAAGCCCUCGUCUCGCGGGGCCCCUUCUCCGAGGGACAAUGGGCCAUCGAGGACAUUGUCUUGCGGGAGAUCCGCGACGAUGAGGUCGUCGUCGAGAUGGUUGCUUCUGGCAUCUGCCACACUGAUCUCCACUGCGGCAACACGCCUGCCGACCAGGGUGUGCCUGGUGUAUACUAUCCCAGAGUCUUGGGCCAUGAGGGGGCCGGCUAUAUUGUCAAGACGGGCUCUGCCAUCAGCGGCUUUGAAAAGGGCGACCCAGUCCUCCUCUCCUUCUCGUCUUGCGGUGCCUGCCAUGUCUGCGAAGCUGGCAAGCCUUCCCACUGCACUGACUUCUUCAACAUCAACUUCAUCGGCGAGCCCAUCGCGACCUCUGCAGCCUCUCCCUCGGAGGAGAUCGGUGGACGCUUCUUCGGCCAGUCCAGCUUCGCCCGGCACGCGAUUGUCAGCGGCAAAUCGGUCGUCAACGUCAAGAGCCUCGAUCUUUCGCGCGACGACCUGAAGCUCCUCGCGCCCCUGGGAUGCGGGCUGCAGACGGGCAGCGGCACAGUGAUCAAGGUUGCGCAGGCAGGUCCCAAGGACGCCAUCGCGAUCGUGGGCAUGGGCGGCGUAGGGCUGGCGGCUGUCAUUGCGGCACGCAACUCAGGGUGCAAGACAAUCAUCGGCAUCGACCGGCUCGAGGCGCGGCUCGAGCUGGCCAAGUCGCUCGGCGCGACGCACGUGUUCAACACGACGGGCAUGUCGGGCGACUUCAAGGAGCUCGUGGAGGGUGUCAAGGCCGCGGCGGAUGGGCUGGGCACGACCAUCAGCAUCGACACCAGCGCGUUCCCGCCCCUCGUGCAGGCCCAGGUCGACUUCAGCCGGUACAUGGGCAAGAUCAUCCAGGUCGGCACAGGCAUGCCCGAGGCGUACCUCAAGAUCCACAUGCAGAGCUUCAUGGUCAGCGCGAAGCAGUAUUUUGGGGCAGUGCAGGGCCACAGCAUCCCGCAGGAGGCGGUGCCGCAGCUCGUAGCGUGGUGGAAGGAGGGCAAGUUCCCUGUAGAGAAGCUGGUCAAGUUCUUCGACAUGAAGGAUUUCGCAGACGCAGUCAAGGUCAUGGGCAAUGGUGACGUCGUCAAGCCGAUAUUGGUGUGGUAG